AUGACGAGUUUGGACAUUUUCUCGGUCCCCUCGACCGACUACAAUCUGCAGGGGUUUCGCAUGGUGUCCUACCACAAAUUGAGCACCAGCAUCACCCCCAUGAAGUUCUCGGUGCAGUCCUUGGAUGAUUACACGGAUUUGAAUCGCAGUUUCUUCGUUAUCGACCUGCGGUUGUCCACGUCGGGCACCAAUGGCAUCGUGGAAGACGCCAAUUCGGCUUCGAAUGCCAACAUCACCAAGUUCACGUACGCUGUCAACAACCUGGCCCACACCCUCUUCAAGCAGGUCAACGUACGGUUCAAUGGCACAUUGAUGACCGAACAGACGGACACCUACGCCUACUCGGCCUAUCUCCAGACCCUGCUCAACUACAGCCGCGACGAUGUAGAGAGUUUGCUGGCGCCUCAGGGCUGGGUCAAUUUGUUGAACGUGUCACCCACGUUGACCAGUGGCGGUGGGGACGACAUUAGCACGCUGGCGGGGUACCCACACAAUAACGAUCACCUGCUCAAGACCCCGACCACCCCUUUCCGGGGCAAUGCCAUCGUCCGCUUGAUCAUGCGGCCUUACCUGCCCGUGUUCCAAACGGGCAAGAUCAUGGUGUCUGGGGUGGAAAUGAAUUUUGAUUUCCACUUCAACAGUCCCGAUUUCUACCGCACCCGCUCAGCGUUGCUACCGUGCUUCCGGAUGCAAGCCAACGUUCUUGAAGAUGUGGACAUCACGUUUCACCUAUGCCGACUGAGUCUCAACCCGGAUGUCUAUGCCUCCCUGGAAGGUCAGCGCAAGUUCCGAAAGCAGGUGGUCAAGUACCCGGUGGUGAGGGAUCAGAUUCGCACGUUUACCUUCAACGGGGCCACCACCACGCGGAUGGAAGAUAACUUAUUCCUGGGCAGGGUGCCUCAACGCAUGAUCGUGGACAUGUUGGACAGCACGGCCUUCAACGGCACCAAGGAGAAGUACCCGUUUUCUUUCCAGAGCAAAGGGGUGACGUCCGUACGACAGUAUACCGAGAAGGAAGAGUACCCGUACGUCACCCUGGAAUUCGCCGGAAAUAAUACCCUGAAAGAUUUGCAAGGCUAUCGACGCUUCUUAGAAGCCGCCAGGGCCGUGGCGAAACAUUGCAAGUUCACGGUCAAGCCGGACGAGUGGGGGCACAACAAGAAUUGUAGCCUGUUCAUGUGCCCAGCGGGGACGCGGAUGGACAAAAGCUCAAUCCCAAGCAGACCGGCAACGUGCGUCUGGAGAUCAAAUUCAGAACCGCCGUCAACUCUAACAUGAUCAUCUUAGUGUGGGGGGAAUUUGAAAGCGUCAUCUACGUCUAUCACCUGGGAGCCGUGCAGUAUGAUACCAGCGUGUAAAGGGACCGAGCGCUUAGUUGGACGAUGGAGCUGGUCGCGUUGAGCGAUCGACAAUUGCGCGUGUUCCAAGGCCUCUAUCCCUCCGAUCGAUUGCCCGAGCACCCUCCCAAGACCACCCGAGGCGCCUACAUCAUCAACACGGACCCGGCCGGUGAACCUGGCCAGCAUUGGUUGGGGGUGUGGACGGAAGAGGGGGUGUGCAAAGUAAUGGACAGUUACGGGUUGCCGUUGACCGUCUAGAGGCCCCGGGAUUUCCCGAGUGGAUCGCGCGGCAUUGGAAGUGCGUGGUGCACAGCGAGAAGACCCUGGAAGCCUGCGACAGUCGGGCCUGUGGCCACUAUGCCUUUGUGUACCUGCAAGAAGGCGUACUCGACGGAGCCUGCUGGAGUUUGUGGAAACCUUUCGGAACGGCGAUUACGUGUGGAACGAUCAUCGCGUGGGGGAACGCGUCCGUGCCUGGAUUCAGACGAAACUGGGGGAUGCGGCCCUGGACGAAGCCGAUGGACCGGACACGCAACGCUGCGUGUUUCAACGUUGUUUAUUUCCUUGAUUAAACGUGUCCCACAAGAGUGACGAGACGGGGAGGGACAGACAUAUAAAGGGGAUGGGACCAAGACAAGGAGUGGGUGCGGGGGGCCUCCUCGUGAAUGGUCGGUCCGACCAGAAGGGUUCUCUCCCGACAGUGCUACCCUUUGCUGCACGACCGAGUCUGGCCACGGGGAUUCCCCGUACUCGUAACGGGCCUUAGCUCAGUGGGUAGAGCAGCGGCUUUGCAAGCCGUGGGGCAUCGGUUCGAUUCCGAUAGGUUCCAUGCAACGUCGUCCCGGGCGCUCCAUAAAACCGGUGCGUUCGCGGCGACGUUCUUUUGAGAAAAACCAUGAUUACGCGACAAGAUGUGGUACGCGUCCCCGAAGCCUUGGACGAGCGCGUGUUGAUGGCACUCAUGCUCAACCCCGUGGACGCGUUGUGCGACACUUGGGAUUAUCGACUCUAUAACACCUUCCGUCGAUUGGCGCGGGCCGGGGAUUGGGUGGGCUUAGCCCAGGCCUUGAAGGCCUUCCCGGAAACCACCGUGGUGGAGAGAACGCUGACCUUGAUAAAAGACGCCUCGUCGCGGUUGCACGCGAUCGUGACGACACACCGAGCAUGAUUCGUCAUCCCUGCAACACCCUGGUAGGCGGCCCGUCCGGUUGCGGGAAAUCGACGUGGUCGCGCGGGUUUUUACGCCACGCCGAUCAACUGAUGCACCCGCCUUCUCGCGUCUUCUAUUAUUGUUACGGGGCCUGGCAACCCGCCUUUGACGAGAUGAAGAAAGAGAAGCGAGUGCAUUUUCACGCAGGACUGCCCACCCCGGAGGACUUUGACCAAUGGUUCGGACCCACCCAAGGGGAUUGUUGGUGUUGGACGAUCUCAUGGAAGAAGGCGUCAACGACAAGCGCCUGUUGGAUCCUUUUUUCCAAGCAAUCGCAUCACCGUAACAUCAGCGUGAUGUUUCUGUGCCAGGAUCUGUUCCCACCCGGCAAAUUCGCCAAGACCAUUUCGAGGAACGCACAUUACAUCGUGGCCUUCAAGAAUCCGCGGGAUCAAGUGGGCAUGCGGACGUUGACCCUGCAAGCCUUUCCCAACGACUUGUCGCACGAGAUGAACAUCUUUCGCGAAUGCACCCAGCGCCCGUUUGGCUAUUUAAUGCUGAACCUGCACCCCGCAUCAGACGAUCGGUACCGUCUCUUCACCAACGUGUUACCGGAGGAAGGACCGACGGAGACCUGUGAACGUCAAGCAUGA